CUUGUGGAAAAUGGCGUCCCCCUGUUCGCAGCUCGGGCGUCAAAUCUACAAAACAAGCCGAUUAUUUAACACGGCUUUAAAGGAACCAUGGCAACAAAGGUGUUUUGGACUCAGUCCUGCUUUUUGCCAAGAGUCUGCAGCUGCAGUGUCAGGAUUAGAAGGGGAAAUUGUGAUUCCAAGAAAGAAAACAUGGAGUAAAGAAGCUGUGUUGCAGGCCCUGGCAUCCACUGUCAAUAGGGACCCUACCGCCUGUCAUUACAUGUUUCAGGAUGAUUCCUACCUCACACCUAGAACAUCUGGAGAGUUUAAACUGUAUUCUUUGUCCCAGGAAUCAGGAAGAAGCGCAGCUAAGUAUUUUAUCAACACGUAUCCCAAGUACUUCCAGAAUGACUUUGCAGAACCGCAUGUUCCAUGUUUAAUGCCAGAGACUGUUGAGCUGCAAAUAGAGGAGGUGUCCGAGGCGGCUCUUGUGGAGCGCAUCAGGCUGAGGAAGGUCAAGGCAGCUGUGGACAUGUACGAUCAACUGGUUCAGGCAGGAACUGCCAUGUCACUGGAUCUGACCAAUGACCUAUUAGAUCUGAUUUGUCUGUACGGAGAUCGCAACCCGACACGAGAGGACUCUCCUGAGCAGGGAACUGAAGACGCGGGGGAAGAGCAAGAUGACUCAAGGCGGAAAAAGGGAAGACCACGAAGAGCCUCUGAGCUACUUAAAAUCGUAUGGAGGGAGAACAAUAAUGCACAGAGGAUCUUUAACACCAUGCCAGAACGGAACAGUAGAUCAUAUGGCGCGCUCAUCAGGGGCAUGGUGAAGUAUGGAGCUUUCUCCAAGGCUUUAGAUAUGUACACGGACCUGCUGAACAACAGACUAACUGCUGAUGUACACACCUUCAAUGCACUCAUCAUCGCCGCUGCAGAAGUUAAGGACAAAUACAGUGAUAAAUGGGACCUGAUUGUUGACCUGCUGAAGCAAAUGGCUCAACAGAAGGUGAGGCCCAACCUGCUGACAUUUAACACGGUGCUGAAGGUUCUGCGUCGGUGCGGCUCACUGGCCAGAGGGCAGGCCUUCCUCAUCCUCAAUGAGAUGAAGGCUCUCGGCAUCGCACCCACUUUGGCCACCUAUGAUCAUAUCCUUGGCAUCUUUUACAAAUCAGCCAAUUCAGCUCAGGGGCACACAGAGAUCCUACAGGAAGUGUUAAAUGAGAUGUCAGGAAAGAGCUUUACUGCUCAGGACCCAGACGAUGUGCACUUCUUCCCAAAUGCAAUGAGAGUUUGCUUGGACAAUAAAGACAUUGAACAGGCUUACAGAGUGCACAGCCUCCUAGAAGUAGGGGACAACUGGCAACUUUUGGGAGAUUCCUAUCUCCAGAGCAUCUACUACGGACGAUUCUUCAAUCUGCUGUGUAUGAUGGAGCACAUUGACGUGGUGCUGAAGUGGUAUAAAGAGUUCAUUCCCUCACUUUAUUACCCCAAUACACAAGGAAUAAAAGAUUUGCUUCAGGCGCUUGACACAGACAACAGAUUAGACCUGAUUCCUCAAAUAUGGAAAGAUAUAAAACAGAUGGGACACGACAAUAAGACUGACCUGGUGGAGCAGAUCGUUUCCCUCAUGGCCCGGGAGAAGCAGAGUGAAGAGGUUCAGCAGUCGUUUGCAGAGUGUGCUCUAGAUGUAAAGAGACUGUACACGCAGACUGACCGCGGCAAAGUCCCCCUCAACUGGUCAACAGAUUCCCUUAGGAGCAUCACGUCCAUCCUGCUGGCAGCAGACAGGUUACAGGAGGCUGGGGAAAUGUUAAACAUCUUCAAAGCCAACAACAGAAUUCCAUCUGAGGACCUGAUGAAUGACUUUUUUCGCUGUAUAAAGACGCACAAUGAUGCUCAGCAGGCUGUCGAGCUGAUCCAGAUCUCUGCCGGUUUAUGCCUGCCGAUCACACCGCAGCUCAUAGAAAGGGUGCAGCAGGAGUUUGAGCUAAGCGAUGAGCAAAAGAUGAUGUUAUCAGAUUUGGAGUCUUCCCCACAUGAGUGAGUGCUUUUAUAAAAGGCAAUGUCCUGGGUGUGUCUCAACAAUAAUAAAAUGCAACUGUAACCAAA